GUCUGUAGAAGAACAGACUCAGGUCUGGGAGCUGAUCAUGCUGCUGCACAGACUCCCUGGAUGCCUGGAUGCUGUGGCCUGUGGACUCCUGAUUCUCCUCCUCCAUGUGAAGGGUCAUGACUCAUCAGAGGCCAACCCCAUCAGAAACACACAUACAGGCCUGGUCCAAGGCAAGCUCGUCCACUUGAAAGGCACCAAAUCCGGUGUUCACAGCUUCCUGGGAAUUCCCUUUGCCAAGCCACCCGUAGGACCACUGCGCUUUGCACCUCCUGAGGCUCCUGAGCCAUGGAGUGGUGUGAGAGAUGGAACCUCAGAGCCGGCCAGGUGUCUACAAAAUGAUGAUAUAGUGAAUUUAGAGGGUCUGAAGAGGAUAAAGAUGAUCAUGCCUCACUUCUCUAUGUCUGAGGACUGCCUGUAUCUCAACAUCUACGUACCAGCUCAUGCCAAUGAGAGCUCUAACUUACCUGUGAUGGUAUGGCUCCACGGUGGUGCACUGGUUAUGGGCAUGGCUUCCAUGUAUGAUGGAUCCAGGCUGGCAGCCACCGAGGAUGUGGUGGUGGUUGCUACCCAGUACCGCCUGGGAAUCCUGGGCUUUUACAGCACCGGAGAUGAGUACGCCAGAGGCAACUGGGGAUUCUUAGACCAAACGGCUUCCCUACGCUGGGUCCAGCAGAACAUUGCCAACUUUGGAGGCAACCCUGACUCUGUCACACUUUUUGGCCAGUCAGCAGGUGGCACAAGUGUGUCUUUCCAUGUUGUGUCCCCCAUGUCCCAAGGACUCUUCCAUCGAGCCAUCAUGGAAAGUGGGGUGGCUCUGCUGCCUCUCUUUAUAUCUAACUCCUCUGAGACAGUCUUCACAACGGUGGCAAAUCUAUCUGAUUGUGAAACUUCAAACUCAGAAGCUCUGGUGCACUGCCUUCGAGGCAAGAGUGAAGCAGAAAUUCUGGCUAUUAACAAGGCCUUCAGGAUUAUGCCUGUUGUAGUGGAUGGGAAAUUCCUACCCAGACAUCCCAAGGAGUUGCUGGCCUCUGCUGACUUUCACCCUGUCCCCAGCAUUAUUGGUGUCAACAAUGAUGAGUUUGGCUGGAUUCUCCCUACAGUCUUUGAAUUUUCUCAGACAAUAAAGAAAAUAACCAGAAGGAACUUGCAGGCUAUUCUGAAGAUCACAGUGGCACAGAUGAUGCUGCCUCCUGAGUGUGGUGCCCUGCUAAUUGAAGAAUACAUAGGAGACACUAAGGACCCCCGGACCCUCCAAAUGCAGUUCAGAGAGAUGAUAGGAGACUUCACAAUCAUAAUCCCUGCACUCCAAGUAGCACGUUUUCAGCGUUCCCAUGCUCCUGUCUACUUCUAUGAAUUCCAACAUGGAUCCAGAUUUCUCAAGAAUUUCAGGCCACGGCAUGUAAAAGCUGACCAUGGUGAUGAGCUUUUCCUUAUCUUUGGAUCCUUCUUCUGGGGCACCAAAUUUGACCUCACUGAGGAAGAGAAGCUGCUGAGCAAGAUGAUGAUGAAGUACUGGGCCAACUUUGCACGAUAUGGGAAUCCCAACAGCAAAGGUCUACCCUACUGGCCAGUGUCAAACCAGGAUGAUCAGUACCUGCAGCUGGAUAUCCACCCUUCUGUGGGCCAUGCCCUGAAGGCCAGAAGGCUGCAGUUCUGGACCAAGACUCUUCCCCAGAAGAUUCUAGAGCUAAAAGGAGUUCAUGAUACAAUCAAAGAUGUAUAGUGCCCAGGAAAAGUAUGUGAACUUCAGUAAAGUCAAGGUUAGCCAGAGGUUCUCACAACCCAUUUAGAAAGCUGUGUUAAUUCCAACAUUCACAUAACCAUUUCUAAGCUCUAUAGUUGUCUAUUUUGCCAACAUAGAUGACCAACACUCUACAUGUCAUUCCUUACUGAAAAUGGUAGGCAAACUUUUUAUUAGGCCUACUCCAAGAUGACUCUCAUGUAAGUGUGGGUGUGUAAGUGCCAAAGUACUCGCAUCUUUUUUCAUACUCCUCUGGUACUAGACUCUAUUCAACUCUUCCCUCCCCACUUAUUUUCUCUCCAUUUUCUUUUCUUCUCCAAGACCCCAGAAACUUGAGGGAAUAUUGACUAUAUGGGGUAGGUUAUAUUAAAACCCCACACCCUUCUCUUGGCAAAUCCCAUUGCUUCCACAUAUUUAUAAGUGGCCCGAUUAUCUAAAGUUCUAUUGUUUUCCUAAGUUCAAGCUGCUUCUGUAGUCAGAUCACAAACUGCUCCCAGUCUUGUGAUAGGAAUCUGUGGCCCCAGCUACUCAGAAACUGAAAGGAAAGAUUGCUUGAACCCAGGAGUUUCAUACCAGUUUUGACAGCAUAGCAUAAACAAAAGUAUGUUCAUAAGCUGUAUGAUUUGUAAGCAGCAGAAAUGUAUGUGAAGUUCUGUAGACUGAAGAAUAUAAGGUCAGUUUGCCAGCAGAUCUGCUGUGAGACAAGCACUAGCUGUUUGAUCCAAAGGUUACACUCAUGUCCUCUCUAGGUAGGAUGUGCAAACUCUAACACUCAGCACCCUGUAAGGGUCCCAACUCUUGGUAUUGACACAUUAGAAAUUAAGUUUCUGCAAGUGAAUUUGAGCCUCACAGGCUUUUAGAGCUUAGCUCCCAGACCUCUCUGACAGUAGGCACUAAGCAUGCCAGCCCCUGAAAACCUCUAUGCAGAUUGCUCCUACAGAGGAAAUAUCAUGUUUCCUUCCCAAGAAGUAAUUGUCCACUUUCAUAAGAAACUGAACUUGACGUGUUCAUAAAUACCUCAAGCAAGGCCAAGGGUGGGGUUGACCAGAGGCCUUGGUGGCAUUCCUCUAUUAAUACAUUUUCUCUUAUUUCCAUGGUGUUUGUAAAUACUACAACACUCAUACUUGCAUGAACCUAUAACAUCUGUAAAGAUCCUUUGCUAUUGUGUAUGUUGUGGGUGUGAGAUGGAAGAAGUAUGAAUGUGCUGACGCGUCUAGCAGAAGACACUCCUGUCCCUGGAACCCUGACUGAUGGCUUCACCAUGUACAUGAGUGUCUUUUUGUUUUAUAGAAUUUCUCCAGUAACGUCCUGACUCUUCUUGACAGUCCAUGGGAUUAAUUUUCAUUCUUAAGUUACUGUUGCCCUAAAACUUCAACUCCAGCAACUCAAGGUCUCUUGUAUAUUAUGUCAUUUACAAUAGUGCCAAACCAUACCUUUUGUUUCCCCUAAGGCAUUGAUGUCAUUGAGAGGGUGUGUCCUGAUGUCCUAUUGAUUUUUUUAAUUUCUCAUCCCUCUACCUCUGGUCCAUUUGCCUCCCUUGGGGAACCAGUUUUCCAAAGACGAAAUCCCUUUUCAUUUCCAGCACCUUUGGAUGAGAGUGAAGGCUCCUACAUUGCCUCUCUUGGACACUAGGGCACAGAUGAAGGGAGUGAUAAGACCUGGCAGAGUGGCUGAGCCCAUAGUUUUCAUCCAUUCCAAGAAUCAAUCCCUCCAUGCCCUCAAGCUCUGCUUCUGUUGUGGUCCUGGAGAUGGCUAGGGAACACCGUAUCAGUUCCUGUCCUAUAAGAGGAACCACUGGUAUUUAGCUGCCAGCAGAACGUCCUUAAGACAAGGUCAAGCAAUUCUUCCUUUAGUCCUUGCAGAGGUGUAUAAUCUUUGGUUCCUUUUGUCCUCUCAGCAGCUGCAUAUCUGAGUCACUUCCAUGUAAAGACUCUGCUUUGGUUGGAAAAUGCAAUGUUUUUUGAGAGAAGGCUCUCACUAUGUAGCCCAGGCUGGGGUCCCAUUCACCAUUCUCCCACCUCAGCCUCUGGAGUACUAGGAUUGUAGAACAGCAUCACCAGGCAUUUCUAAGCAAUAUGUUAUGUGGCCAACAGCUUUCAAUUUUUUGAUGAAAACAUAUAUAGAACCGUGUGUAUGUUUAAUUUUCAAAGGUUAUGUAGACUUACCAGAUGGGGUAAAGACACUUGUUACAAAACUUGAUGACCUGAGUUUGAUUCCCAGGACCCACACUGAAGAAGUAAAGAACGCAUUCCCAGAAAUAUUGUGCCAAAGUGUCUUCUGAGAUGACUGUAUCAUAUUUCAACACAUUUAGACAUAUGUGGGGUGCCAAUUGCUGCAUAUCCCACCUCCACUGGGACUUGGGAAUCUUUAGUAUGGUUGCAUUGAAUGGUGUGUACUUGUGUACUGGCUGGUUUUGUGUGUCAACUUGACACAAGCUGGAGUUAUCACAGAGAAAGGAGCCUCCCUUGAGGAAAUGCCUCCAUGAGAUCCAGCAGUAAGGCAUUUUCUCAAUUAGUGAUCAAGGAUGGGAGGGCCCAUUAUGGGUGGUCUUGGGUUCUAUAAGAAAGCAAGCUGAGCAAGUCAGGGGGAGCAAGCCAAAAGAAACAUCCCUCCAUGGUCUCUGCAUCAGCUCCUGCUUCCUGACCUGCUUGAAUUCCAGUCCUAACUUCCUUUGGUGAUAAAUAGCAAUGUUGAAGUGUACGCUGAAUAAACCCUUUCCUCCCC